AUGGAAAAAGCGAAUAAUCAAGCCAAAAAGCCGGAUGACGUGGAGCUCAAAAUGCUGUACUUUGUGAAAAGCAGCAGGAACGAAAUGUUGAACAGGGACAUAACAGUGGAUGUACUGACAUAUCUUGUGGGAUAUAAUCUGUUCAAAAAACCUAAAAGCAAAAAAGGAGGAAAGAAUUCGCUUUUACUGAAAAUUAUCGUUAUUGGUGCGAUAGUCGCGUGUCUGGUGGCUUUUUCGUUGAGGUUCAUAGCAAAGAAGAAAAUGCAGGACGCGUACAAAACCAUCAACGAUCCAACCGUUUUUAGCGCAACCAAUUACUUCGGGAAAGAGAGCAUAAUGGAAACGCUGGUCGGUCGAAUAACACGUAUUGUGAAUUUGAUAGACAAGAAAAACAAAAAGCUGCUGAAUAGCAAGAUAACCGCUGCAAAGAAAAACAUUCUGUUCUACGGCGAGCCAGGAACAGGAAAAACACUGCUGGUUAAGAAGCUAGCCUUUCUUCUAGACCAAAAUUUGAAAUUACUGAAGCUAAAAAAGAGCAGAAUAAACAUCAAUAAAAUGAAAAAAUCAGAUUUAUUGGCAAAACUAAAGAAAAUGGAUCCUUGUGUGAGGUUGAUUGCUGUACAGCCUUCCUCUCUGAACGACAGGUACGUUGGUGGAACGGAAAAAAAUAUACAGAAAUUGUGGGAUUUUGCGAUCAAAAACAAGAAACACGACGUCACGAUUGUCUUCAUGGAUGAGAUCGACUCGUUCUUUAGUAAAAGAAAAGAGGAAAACUCUGAACACAGCAGUAACGUAAAAUCAGAGUUUCUGUGUAUCCUGGACGGCAUGCGCUCAAAGUUAUCAGAUCGACUUAUCUUUAUUGGUGCGACAAAUUUACCAAAAACUCUCGAUGAGGCCUUUCUUCGCAGGUUUCACACGAAAAUACUGUUCAAUAAGCCAUCUCCUGAUGAGAUACAGCUCUUGAUAGAAAGCUUUUUAACAUAUAAUGAAUGCAGGCUGAGUGAUACUGAGAUACACGAGCUUGUUAACGCAUGUAACGGGCUGACACAAAGUCAAAUAGCUAGAGUAUUUUCCGAUGCUGCCGAUUAUUCUGACGCUUUAACUUACAGCGCAGACUUUGACGAUAUUAUGAUCCUGCUAAAUAAUGUUAAGGGAGCCGGUAAUAAUGUGGAAGCGGAACUGGCAGAAGUGAAUGUGGAGCUGAGAGGAACCGAAGAUGACUUUGUUUUGUACAACAAUCUUAUAUCGUAGUACCGGAAGCAGUGACCAGGUUAAACUAUAAAUAAAUAUUAUUGCUCGA